CUUUUUUAAGUACGACUCAGUAUCAUUGAGCUGAAACUUGAUUGGCUUUUUAUAUGGUAUUAACUCUGUUGAUAAGAACGCUAGAAAUGCAUAAAUAAUUCUUUUGCUUACUCAUUACCAGUACAAUUCGCUUGUUCCACACUUCUUCUUUUUUCUUUCUGAAACCAGCUUCAGGAACAGAGCUAUGAAGUUAGACAAGAAAAAGAUGAAGAAAACAACAAGGGAAACCCACAAUCAAGAAUCCCCAUUGCUUCCCAAAACAAGAGCAGAUGGCCAAGAAGCGAAAGAUUUCAACGGAGCUUCAUUUCUUGGAGCAGUGUUUAAUCUUUCGACAACUAUUAUUGGUGCUGGUAUCAUGGCAUUGCCUGCUAUUAUGAAAGUGCUGGGAGUUGGUCUCGGGAUUGGUAUGAUAGUGCUUGUUGCUAUACUCACUGAGUAUUCUUUAGAGAUUCUUUUGAGGUAUAGUAAGGCUGCAAAAGUGGAGUCUUAUGGUGGAGUCAUGGGAGAUGCUUUUGGGAAUAUUGGCAAGCGGCUGCUUCAGAUUUUUAUACUGCUUAACAUUGUUGGGGUCCUCAUUGUCUACAUAAUCAUAAUUGGUGAUGUACUGUCUGGAACAUCUUCAAAUGGAGUUCAUCAUGCUGGUGUAUUGGAAGGAUGGUUUGGAAGCCAUUGGUGGAAUGGCCGUACAUUUGUUCUUCUUUUCAUUACUCUUUCUGUAUUUGCUCCAUUGUCAUGCUUCAAGCGGAUAGAUUCAUUGAGAUACACAUCCGCCUUAGCAUUUGCACUUGCAGUUGUUUUUCUUAUUAUUACUGCCGGAAUCACAAUAUUCAAAUUGGUUAAUGGAAGUGUUGCCAUGCCUAGGUUUGUUCCUAAUGUCUCUGAUAUCGCAUCAUUCUGGAAUCUCUUCACUGUCGUCCCCAUUCUUGUGACGGCAUUUAUCUGUCAUGUCAACAUUCAUACAAUUGAAAAUGAGCUGGAAGACUCUUCUCUGAUACAGCCAGUCAUGCGGACAUCCAUAUCUCUCUGCUCUACUGUCUAUAUAUUGACAAGCUUCUUUGGAAUCCUCCUGUUUGGAAACUCCACAUUAGAUGAUGUGUUGGCCAACUUUGACACUAAUCUUGGUGUCCCUUACAGUUAUGUGCUGAAUGAUGUUAUUCGCAUCAGUUAUGCUCUCCAUCUCAUUCUUGUUUUCCCUGUAGUCUUCCAUCCGUUGCGCUUGAAUUUGGAUGGUCUUCUUUUUCCUUCAGCCAGGCCACUGGUUUUGGAUAACUGUAGGUUUACAUUGAUCAGCAUAACACUCAUCAGUCUCAUUUUCUUGGGUGCAAAUUUCAUAUCUAGCAUCUGGAUUGCUUUUCAAUUCACUGGAGCAACUUCUUCAAUUGUCAUUGGAUUUAUCUUUCCAGCUGCUAUUGCCCUGAGGGAUCCCCAUUUAGUGGCAUCGAAGAAGGAUAAGGUGUUGUCCGUAUUCAUGAUUUUUCUUGCUUUGUUCUCAAGUUUGGUGGCCAUUUAUUCUGAUGCAUAUGCAUUGUUCAGAAAGAACCCUUCCCCACAUGAAUAAUGAUUGUGUUCGGUGUCAUCACUAUGCAUAGGAGAAAUGGGCUGUGGUUUUUUCAUCAUUCGCUCAGAGAUCUCUAUGCAGUAAAAGCUGCAGAGUUUUCCGAGGGAAAACAAGCUCCAUAAGUGGAAGAAAUCCUCAACAAGUUAAUGUACAAAUAUAUAAAUUUUAUCAUGUAAUGUAUGUCUCCACAAGUGUGCUGCAUUUUACUUAGAUCUUGAUAUAGAAAAAUAAUAAAUUGUUUAGUUCAUCUUGCCUCA